CGCGGCGGUGGCGGAAGGAGCAGGCGGCGGAGCCGGAAAUUUCCUGUUUGCUGCAUUACGUAACACAGUUGUCAAGUCUGGAAUAAUUUGGUGAAGAUUUAAUUACAUCAGUGCUCUAAAAUAAUAUUCAGAAUAACAGUGAAGAUCUUUUGAAGUCACUAAAAUCUGAUAGUUGAAAGCAAUGAUGACAGACAUAGGAGAUGGACCACAUUUGGGGCAGGAUCUGACAGAUGCAAAAUCUAUUCCAGGUUUUAAGGGAAAGAACCUACCUGCCAGCAAGUCUAUGGACUCUGGAAUUCUGCCAGACUACAGUUACAGAAUGGAUUAUCCAGAGAUGGGGGAAUGUGUAAUAAUAAAUAAUAAGAACUUCCACAGACAUACUGGGAUGUCACCUCGUUCAGGUACAGAUGCAGAUGCUGCAAGUGUCAGAGAAGUUUUUAUGAAGUUGGGAUAUAAAAUAAAGAUCAACAAUGAUCUUUCAUGUCAGGACAUUUUUGAACUAUUGAGGAAUGUUUCUGAAGAAGAUCACAGCAAGCGAAGCAGUUUUGUUUGUGUGUUGCUAAGCCAUGGCGACGAAGGAUUGAUCUAUGGUACAGAUGGGCCUCUUGAGCUGAAAACACUAACAGGCCUUUUCAGAGGUGACAGGUGCAGAAGUUUAGCAGGAAAACCCAAGCUCUUUUUCAUUCAGGCUUGUAGAGGGACAGAAUUAGAUUCUGGUAUUGAGACAGACAGUGGACCAGAAGAAACGAUGUGUCAGAAAAUACCUGUAGAGGCAGAUUUCCUGUAUGCCUACUCUACAGCUCCAGGCUAUUACUCCUGGAGGAAUUCAGCUGAAGGCUCAUGGUUUAUUCAGUCACUGUGUAAAAUGCUGAAGGAACAUGCAAAGAAUCUUGAACUGAUGCGGAUUUUAACUCGUGUGAAUCGCAGAGUUGCAGAGUAUGAGUCCUGCUCAACUCGACAAGAUUUUAAUGCAAAGAAACAGAUUCCAUGUAUUGUCUCUAUGCUCACAAAAGAAUUUUAUUUCCCUUCCUAAAAUAUUUUUUCAGUUCAUGUUUUUAUCUGCAUUUUAUAUGCAACAUAAGUACAAAACAUAACUUAAAUCUGAAUAACUGUUCACUGCUGUGUGUGGCACAAUGAAGUGUCUCAAAGUUAGAUGUGUGCCUCUAGUUAGAAUUAGAACAUAGUAUGGCUGUGUAGAAAUGCAAAACUGAGUAGCUGAAGCAGAUUUGAAAGUAAUGCUUUGAGUAUAUUGCA